GUCUCCGGCUGCCCGGAACAAUGAACGGCUACGCGCUGCUGUACGGCGGCAUCACUGUGGCCUUCUGGUCCACCCUCCUAGUAGUAGGCAUUUGUUACACAAUAUUUGAUCUAGGAUUUCGCUUCGAUAUAGGAUGUGAAUGCUUGUUUAUUUGAACAAAACAUGGGAAGAUCAUGGAGAGGGAGAGGAAGAAGCGUGCAAGAGUGUUAUUGCGGACAUCGUGCAAUUUUUGUACACUGAAAACAUACAUCAAAUCAAGGUUUUUAACAGAAACAUCUCCCUUCAUGUGGGCAAACCUGGGAAUUGGAUUGGCUAUCUCAUUGUCUGUCGUGGGGGCUGCAUGGGGAAUUUACAUCACUGGCUCCAGCAUUCUUGGUGGGGGUGUGAAGGCACCUAGGAUUAAAACCAAAAACCUUGUCAGCAUCAUUUUCUGUGAAGCUGUUGCAAUUUAUGGGAUUAUCAUGGCUAUUGUCAUCAGUAAUAUGGCAGAGCCAUUCAGUGGCACCACUCCACAGGCAAUUGGAGCCAGGAAUUAUCAAGCAGGAUUCUCCAUGUUUGGAGCUGGCCUGACUGUUGGAUUUUCCAACCUGUUUUGUGGCAUCUGCGUUGGUAUUGUGGGUAGUGGUGCUGCUCUGGCUGAUGCGCAGAAUGCCAGCCUGUUUGUCAAGAUCCUGAUCGUUGAAAUUUUUGGCAGUGCUAUUGGUUUGUUUGGAGUCAUUGUGGCCAUUCUACAGACAUCUAAAGUGAAAAUGGGAGAUUAGCCAUCAUGAAGACACGGAGGGUUGGAAAAGUUCUGGAAAUGAGACCAAGAUUUGCUGUACAUAAUUUAUUUAAGUGUAUAUUUUCCCAAUAUAUUGUUUGUGGUUUUUGACCCAUUUACUGAGGAGUGGUUGUGAUACAGUCUGAAGUGAUUCCUGAUCAGUUCUGCAAAAUGGACCAGGUGCUGUCCAGCAGUAUUCCAUAGUUUAGUCUGUAUUCUGUUUAACUUGCAAAUGUAUUGCCCACUUUGAAUUUGGAAUGGGGUUGAGUAGUGGGACAGAAUAUUGAAGACUUUUUGCAUUAAUUUACAAGUGAUGAGAUUUAUUCUUUGUGGCCUGGUGCAAGGCAGCAGCUGAAAACACACAUGUUUAACAGUGACCAUGAUAAAGAGGCAUUGAAUACAUUUACAUCAAAGUCCUGUAGCUUGCAGUGAUCAUACCAUGAUGAGUUCGUACAAAACUCCCAUCAAUUUAUGUACCUAAGUUGCACCUUUGUAUGUUUUAUGUUCCUUGAAAGUGUAAUGGAGCAACUUUGAGUGUUACACCAUGAUGAGAACCACAAAAAUAAAGUACACGUUUAUAUGUGGGUCUGCAUCAAGCAUUGACUUUCUGCACCCAACCUACUGCUUUCCCCACUACACACAUUUAGGAGGAAUUAAAAUUUUUGCCCAUCUUUUGGCAUUUGCUUGCCUGUUGGCAUUGUAUUUGAGUCUGAUUAAUCCAUUGUUACGUUUAAACCAAUUGAUUUACUGAAACAAAAUGUAAUUUCAAUGUCCAGGACAGUAAAACUGAUUAUAAUUACCCAACAAUAUUUAGGUCUCAUCACAGUGUGUCAGCUUGACUCAGCAAAGAAGUUAUAAUAUCUUAGCCCUUAAUCGGGCUGUAACUGUGGAGUGCUAUUUGAACUUACUUCAUUUUUUGUAAGGGAUGGUGAAAGUAAGUAUACUAUUGAUCCUACUAAAAAGAAAAAAACUCCAUGUAACUUAUGCCAAUCAAUUAAUUUCUGCUCCUUUGAGUACAAUAGGUACUUUAAGCAGCUGAUCCAGUUGACUUAUGCAAAACACAUGGAUGGUGGAGGCAAGAGAUGGUAUGUGUUGAUUGAGCAUGAAAUGUACUCCUUUAUGAUCUGCCUGUGUAACCAUCACAACUGUCUUCCCUGCUGAGUGAAGUUUUUAUGAACAAAAACUUAUGAACACUACAUCAUGUGGCAUUAUCUGUUCACCUUAAUGGAUGAAACUUUGACAUUGUGCUGACUAUAAUUACAAAGUAUGCUUGUCCUGAAUUCUUGUUGCAUACUAUUGAAGUUGGCUGUAAUCAUGUGUUAAAUCUUUAACUUUCCAAAUUAAAUAUCAACAACUUGGCAUUUA